AUGAUGGCGGAUCCGUCGUCCUGCUUCGUUUCAGCUGGCCCAGGAUUCUUUCAGAUUCAACAUGGAGAGAAGUAUAUUCAGCUGAAAAAUUACACGGAUCAGCUUGAAGCAGAGCUACGUGAAACGAAAUCAAAAAUGCAAGCUCUCACAACGUCUAAUGACGAGCUCCGGGAGUGCAAGACUCUGAAAGCUCAGCCGAGUACUCGACAAUUCCCGUCACCGACACGCUCCACGAUGGGAGGAAUAAGCAUGCAACAACAGGAUGGUGGAGCUCUCGUCACACAAGCCAACCAGUUCAACCGCCCUUCAAUGAGGUCAAUGGGGAGGGCCUACGCGGUGGAUGCAUCUACUUCGUCGAUGCGGAACUCUAUGGCGAACAUGGGAGGACCUGAGACCCCACGCACGAUUCAGAGACCGAAUGUUGGCAUGGGUGAGUUCUCGUCCAUCGGUCCAGCCACUUGGUGGGCCCAGAACUCGGGUCGUGCGACCGAAAACACCGGUGCAAGCAUCUCAACGAAUGGGUUUCCUUUCCAAGAGACCACGAAGAUCAAUCCUACUACUCCGGUCAAACUAGUCAUUCCAUUCUCCUUCGAAACGAUACUUGAAGCUAUCGAUAGCUCGACAGAAAUGAGCCUCGGGUCAAGUAGCAGUCAAGUUGAUCUCAAACAUUUGAGUUUGGAACUAGCCGAUACCAAGGACCUGUUAACUGAAUCUACUGCUGGAGAUCAGUGUGAAGAAGGCAUUGAACGGCUUUCACUUCGCAUUAGCGAAGAAGAGAAUGCUAGCACUAACUCUGUUUAUUUAUCAUCAACACCGAGUCGGCCACUGGCUUCUCAAGCUCCUCUGAACGAUCCGCAACAUAUCCCCAAAGGAGCAAAUCGGUCUCCAAUGACGCACUCAGCUCCUCGUGUCGCGCAAAGAUACCAACUCCGUCAUCCAGACGACCUGAUCGCAGAAGCUAGCGAGCAAAAGCGGAUUGUCGAUGAGUGCAAGAUCAAAAGUCAUCCGAACUCAUGA